AUUAACAAUGAACAGCUAAAUAAAAAGAACCUGGGUUUUAUCAGGAACUAUGGUAUGGUUUAGGGCGGGAAAAGAUUUCAGGAUACAGUUACACUGCUGAUAGCUGAUAGUCAAGUAAUUAUUUGAUUAUAAAAUUACGAUGGAGAUGAGUGAAGGCCUGGGGCUUUUGUUUGUUUUAAUGAUUCAAAUAGAAUAGUACUUUUAAGUUUUCAUGUUAGACUCUAUUAUGUUACAGUGGUCCUCUUUUAAAUUAUGAAAUGUUGGGAACGAGCAUGGGCAGAACAUUUCAGCUUUCUCACAGCUGAGAUGUGUGCUGCAGUGAAGUGCAGUCAUGAGUCACUGCUGUUACCAUGUCUCCUGAGAUACCAUGGGGAUGCUUUAGUUUUAUGUUUUAAAGUGAAUUUACAUCUUUAAGGAAUUAAAAUCAUUACAAUCAAUAUAUCAGUAAGACAUCAACUUGUAGUAGAUAUUUAUAUAAAACAAUGUUUUAAAGAUUUUAGGAUGAUAUAGUACAUUUGUAAAAAGGCUAACAUUCUGAUUUGGAGGGUAUCUACUGCUUUGAUUCUGCAUUUAAAAAUUAUAUUCAGAAAUAGGAACAAUAAGGAGUUAGCUAUAAAAAUACAUUGUCAUCAAAGACUAUUUUAUUAAAUCUUGAAGUGAUCAUGCCCUAUAUGUUUUCCUGAUAUAAUUUCUGCUUCUAGCCUCAGAACACACAAAAUGGUAGAAUGAAUACUAACAAUUGUAAAACGUGGGGCAUGAGCUAUCUUAGAUGGUUGGUGAAAUUCUGGUGGUGAUUAUCCUUAGUGUAAUUCUGUUUAAGUAAUGAGAGAACCUAACAUAAUAAAUUUCUAUGGGAUGUAACCUUUUUAAGUUUCUAAAAAUUUAACUGCCUUGUUCUAAACUACUUUAGUCUGUUCAGAGUUAACACUUUGCUGCAACUAAAUCACUAACAUAGCUGAUUGCAAGACUUUAUAACCAGCUUCCUUGUGCUUAGAAAGGAGAACUAGAAAUAUAUGUGGCCAUCUUAUUGUUUUCCCCUCUUAUCUAUGAAAGAAUAUCCAUAUUUUUUUUACAUUUUUACUUCUUGAGAUUUAUCCCAUUUUAAAUAGUAUGCAGACCAUUUAAGUUAUAUAUGUGAUACUCAAAUGUAAAAUAAAAUUGUUUUUUCAUCAUUAUUGUAUACAACAGAUUAUACACACACAUAUAUGUAUAUGCACACCACUCUGUUCAGUUUAUCUUGUGGGAAUGAACACUAGCAAUUGACGAAACAAAAGAUAUGUCAAAUGGCUUAAAUAUAUGCAAAUUGUUGUUGUCACCCUCUGAAAAGUCGAAGACAGCAAUGAAAAUCAAAACAAUAUACUUAGGGAAGUAAAUACAAAGACAACAAUUUACAAUAGAUAAAAAAAUCAUCACUUAUGGAUCAUUAAUGGAAUGCAUAAAAGAGAUAUGCAACAGGUUUUAGACUCAGAAUAGUAGUUCUUCUGAAACUGAGUCUUGAAGACUCACAAAGAAACUUUGUUCUGAGAGCAGAAUUUUCCAUAAUAAACAAAAAUUAGAGAUGUAAGUUAAUUUUAGAAGUAAUAUCCUAUUAGAAAAAUAUUAGUGCAUCUGUAAAGGAUAUUAGAUAUGAUGAAGUUUAUGAGUCUAUGUUGACAGCAAAAUAUAGUAAAUAUUUAUCACUGGAACUAAAGGGUGACAUUGGUGGAACACUUAGAGAAAAGGAAAUAUUUUUAUGAAAAUAAGUUUUAAAUAUUCAAAAAAGCAAAUCAUCAAUUGGACUAAAUCACUUCUAGUGAUUUUUCUAGCAUUUGCUAGAAAAUUUAGUUAUCUAGACAGUAUGAAAGUAAUCAAUCAUUACAAUAACUCUAAAAUAGUAAGGUUCUAAUAACAUUGUUUUCUGAAGGAGUUUUCAUUUAUUUAAACUUAAGGACAUUACCAAAGGGGAAAAAAAGGCUCAACAUUUCUUAGCAAUAGGUAGGUUUUAAAGGAGAUUUGAUAAAGAACUGAAGAAGAUCUUCUUAGAAAUAAUCUUUUUGAAAAACAUGAAAAAAAUCUAAUAUAAAUAGGUAGCAUGCUUCAGGGUCACUGAGACUUGGCCCUGAUUCCAAAGUAAAGAAAAUAGAACACUGAGCAUAGUGGGUUGUGAUGAAAUUUUCUUCUAUGUGAAUUUUUAUUCAAAAUUAUAUUUAGGUUAUCUAUGGAAGCAACUGAAGUUCACAUCAAAAUUAUUAGGUGAUCAAAACAUUUAGUGGAAGUGAAAUAAGAGGCAUGGUCUAUAAUAUAAAUUAAAUUAUUGAAAUUCACCAUCAUUUUUCACUGAAAACAAAUCUAUACAAGAUAAUUUCUCUACUCCUGUUUAAAUUAUGUCUAAUUAUGGCAACUUGACUUGAUGUUAUGAAACUAACAUGAUAUUAAUAGAAAGAAAUUAAAUUACAAGUAACCCUGUUCAUGUUCUUCUGUAGUAAGUGUAAAAUGUACUCCUUCCAGUUGAGACCAGUUCAUUCAUUAAAAGAAUAAAUUACUUUUCUAAUAUUUUGUCUGUAAAUUGAAGCUGAAUCCCUAGUACAUUUUGAAAAGCAUCUAUAUUUAACAACUUUCUUUAUGGAGUAUCUAAAGGUACUUGUCAAGGUGGAUGCAUAUGAGGUAUGUCAUUAGCAACAGCAACAACAUCUGUGAGUAUAUGGGGCACAUCUUUCCUAUUAGGAACUAAAGCUGCCUUUGCAUUAGCAACUUUCAUUAUUGUGAUUGUCAUAAUAUAACAAGUAUAAACAAAGAUUUUUGUAUUCAAGUUUUGCAUAAUUUUCCUCCUCCCCCACAUUAAAUAUUAUUUCUGAAUUUGGUUGUCCAUUCUACAGUAUGGUUUUGUUUCUUUCAUGAUAAAAAUAUUGUAACAUAGAUUCACUUUUAAUUUCCAUGGGGCUAGAUAUUGAAAACUGUACUCUUUAGUGUCAUUUGGUUCCUGUGUGUUUGUGUUCUUAUUAGCUUGUAGGACAAAGUUGUGUGGUGCAAGGCCAGAAAGAACACUGUCAUUUUUUUUUUUGACAGGCAGAGUGGACAGUGAGAGAGAGACAGAGAGAAAGGUCUUCCUUUGCCGUUGGUUCACCCCUCAAUGGCUGCCGCGGCCGGUGCACCGCGCUGAUCCAAAGGCAGGAGCCAGGUGCUUAUCCUGGUCGCCCAUGGGGUGCAGGACCCAAGCACUUGGGCCAUCCUCCACUGCACUCCCUGGCCGUAGCAGAGAGCUGGCCUGGAAGAGGGGCAACCGGGACAGAAUCUGGUGCCCUGACCGGGACUAGAACCCGGUGUACCGGUGCCGCAGGGCGGAGGAUUAGCCUAUUGAACCGCGGCGCCAGCUUGUUAUGAUUUUUAAUUCCUGCUUUUGUCAUUUAACCAUUGUGGGAGUUUGCAAAAUCAUUUAGCUAGCUUUAUCUCAAGUUGUUUACCUGUGAAAAGCUGGGGUCAUAGUCAGUGUUUUCUAGUGUCUCUUCUUACUAUAAAAUCCUGAGCUAGCUAAUGUUUAAAAUAAAAUUAUUCCUGAGAGACAAAACAAGAUUUUCAGGCAGUCCGUCAUGAGGAUGUCUUGUCUUCUGCUGACUCUCUUACGCUUCCUCUCUGAAGAAGGCGGUGCUCUUGGUGGUGGUAGCGCUUGGUCUGCAUUUGGGUUCGCUUGGUUUUAUUAAAAGGUGUAAGGAGACUUCUGAACAUGGGGCAUAUUCAGAUCUGCUUCAGCGGCAGAAGGCAACCAUGAUUGAGAAUAGCAAACUUACAGGAAAGAUCAGUGAUCUGGAAAAAAUGGUAGCUGAACUAAAGAAACAGAAGUCUAGAGUAGAGGAAGAACUUCCCAAGGUCAAGGAGGCUGCGGAAAAUGAAUUGAGGAAGCAGCAGAGGAAUGUAGAAGACAUUGCUCUGCAGAAGAUGAGGGCAGAAAGUGAAGCCAAGCAGUACCGCAGGGAACUGGAGACCAUUGUGAGAGAGAAGGAAGCCGCGGAACGGGAGCUGGAGCGCGUGCGGCAUCUCACGAUCGAGGCAGAGGCCAGAAGAGCAGCUGUGGAGGAAAACCUCCGGAAUUUUCGGGAUCAGCUAGAGGAAAACACCUUUACAAGGAGAACACUGGAAGAUCAUCUUAAAAGAAAAGACUCAAGUCUCAAUGAUCUGGAGCAACAAAAAAAAAAGUUGGUGGAAGAGUUAAGAAGAAAGAGAGACAAUGAAGAAGAACUCUUGAAGCUGGUCAAGCAGAUGGAAAAGGACCUUGCACAUCAGAAACAGGUAGCAGAGAAGCAGUUGAAGGAAAAGCAGAAAAUUGAAUUGGAAGCAAGAAGAAAAAUAACUGAAAUUCAGCAUUCCUGCAGAGAAAGUGCAUUGCCAGCUUGUGCGAUCAUGCCGGUGGCAUCAUGCAGGGCAAUAGCAGACCUUGAGAAGGAGCAUGACAAACAGAAAGCAGCAGAACUUAAGCAGCAGGUGGAUGAACUCACAGUUGCCAACAGAAAGGCUGAGAAAGACAUGAGAGAGCUCAAGUAUGAACUCAGUGCCCUGCAGCUUGAAAAAACUUCAUCUGAGGAAAAGGCUCGUUUGCUAAAAGAUAAACUAGAUGAAACAAAUAAUACCCUGAAGUGUCUUAAGUUAGAGUUGGAAAGGAAGGAUCAGGCAGAGGAAGAGUAUUCUCAGCAACUCAGAGAACUCAGUAAGCAACUGACGCAAACCACAGAUAAAGCUGAAGAAGUCAUGCAAGAAGCUGAUGAUCUCAAGAAAAUAAAGCACAAUUAUCAAUUAGAAUUAGAAUCUCUUCAUCAUGAGAAAGGGAAAUUGCAGAGAGAAGUAGACAGAAUCACUAGGGCACAUGCUAUUGCUGAGAAGAAUAUUCAGCAUUUAAACUCGCAAGUUCAGUGUUUUCAGGGCGAGAAGGAAUUCUCUAAUGAAAGAGUACGAGUAUUCCAGAGAAAAUCAGACCAUCUGAAAGAACAAUUUGAGAAGAGCCAUGAGCAGUUGCUUCAGAAUAUUAAGGCUGAAAAAGAAAAUAAUGAUAAAAUCCAAAAGCUUAAUGAAGAACUGGAGAAAAGUAAUGAGUGUGCAGAAAUGUUAAAACAAAAAGUAGAUGAGCUUACUAGGCAGAAUAAUGAAACCAAAUUAAUGAUGCAGAGAAUCCAAGCAGAAUCAGAGAAUAUAGUUUUAGAAAAACAAGCUAUCCAGCAAAGAUGUGAAGCACUGAAAAUUCAGGCAGAUGGUUUCAAAGAUCAGUUACGCAACACGAAUGAACACUUGCAUAAACAGACAAAAACAGAACAAGAUUUCCAUAGAAAAAUUAAAUGCCUGGAAGAGGAUCUGGCCAAAAGUCAAAAUUUAGUAAGUGAAUUUAAGCAGAAGUGUGACCAGCAGAAUAUUAUCAUCCAGAAUACUGAGAAAGAGGUGAGAAAUCUGAAUGCGGAGCUGAAUGCUUCAAAAGAGGAAAAGCGACGGGGAGAGCAGAAAGUUCAGCUACAACAAGCUCAGGUACAAGAGUUAAACAACAGGCUGAAAAAGGUCCAAGAUGAACUGCAUUUAAAGACCAUAGAGGAGCAGGUGACCCACAGAAAGAUGGUUCUGUUUCAGGAGGAGUCUGAUAAAUUCAAACGUUCAGCUGAGGAAUUUCGCAAAAAGAUGGAAAAAUUGAUGGAAGCCAAAGUCGUCACUGAAAAUGAUAUUUCAGGCAUUCAGCUUGACUUUGCAUCUCUUCAGCAAGAAAACUGCAGAGCUCAAGAGAAUGCUAAGCUUUGUGAAACAAAUAUCAAAGAACUCGAAAGGCAGCUUCAGCGAUACCGGGAGCAAGCACAACAAGGACAGCACAUGGAGACAAAUCAUUACCAAAAAUGUCGGAAACUUGAGGACGAGCUCAUCACCCAGAAACAAGAAGUUGAAAAUCUGAAGCAGAAAAUGGAUCAACAGAUAAAGGAACACGAACAUCAGUUAGUUUUGCUCCAGUGUGAAAUCCAAAAGAAGAAUACCGCCAAAGAGCAUACUUUCAAACCAGACUUUGAGAUGACUGUGAAGGGGUGUCAGCACUCUGGAGAGCUCUCUUCCAGGAACACUGGACACCUUCACCCAACUGGCAGAUCUUCUCUGUUGAGAUGGGCUCAGGAACCACAGACACUGGAAGGAAAAUGGCAGCAGCAGAUCGUCGAACAAAGCCCCAAAGAAGUCCAGUUUCAGUCACCAGUGUCUCUUCUAGAGAAAGAGAAAAGCCAGCAGUGUUACUCUGAGUAUUUUUCUCAGACUAGCACUGAAUUGCAGAUAACCUUUGAUGAGGCGAACCCUAGGACAAGACUCUCAGAAAUAGAGAAGAUAAGGGAUCAAGCCCUGCACAGUACCAGACCACCUAUUAGGUAUCCAGAUGACAAACGUGAAAUGGAACUUGUGAAGCUUUUGACACCCUUAGAGAUAGCUAAGAACAAGCAGUACGAUAUGCACACAGAAGUCACAACAUUAAAACAAGAAAUGAACCCAGUUCCCAAUGCCGAAGAAUGGACACUUGAAGGGUGCAGAGCCUCUGGUGGACUCAAGAGAGGAGAUUUCCUUAAGAAAGGCUUAGAACCAGAGCCUUCCCAGAACUCUGAUGGUGAUCAUGCGUGUUCAGUUAGAGAUGAUGAAUUUAAAUUCCAAGGGCUCAGGCACACUGUGACUGCCAGGCAGUUGGUUGAAGCUAAACUUCUGGACAUGAAGACAAUCGAGCAGCUGCGACUUGGUCUUAAGACAGUUGACGAAGUUCAGAAAACUCUUAGCAAAUUUUUGACAAAAGCCACUUCAAUUGCAGGACUCUAUCUAGAGUCCACAAAAGAGAAGAUUUCAUUUGCCUCAGCAGCCAAGAAAAUCAUCAUAGACAAAAUGAUGGCUUUAGCAUUUUUAGAAGCUCAGGCUGCCACAGGUUUUAUCAUCGAUCCCAUUUCAGGUCAGACGUAUUCUGUUGAAGAGGCAGUUCUUAAAGGAAUUGUGGACCCUGAGUUCAGAAUUAGGCUCCUUGAGGCAGAGAAAGCAGUCCUGGGGUAUUCGUCUUCUACUAAGACAUUGUCAGUAUUUCAAGCCAUGGAAAAUAGAAUGCUUGACAGACAAAAAGGUAAACAUAUCUUGGAGGCCCAGAUUGCGAGUGGCGGCGUCAUUGAUCCUGUGAGAGGCAUUCGUGUUCCUCCAGAAGUGGCUCUGCAGCAGGGCUUGUUAAAUAAUGCCAUCUUCCAGUUUUUGCAUGAGCCAUCCAGCAACACAAGAGUUUUUCCUAAUCCCAACAACAGGCAAGCCCUGUAUUACGCAGAGUUAUUGCGAAUGUGUGUGUUUGAUGUAGAUUGCCAGUGCUUUCUGUUUCCAUUCGGGGAGAGGGACAUUUCUAAUCUCAACGUAGAGAAAGCCCACAAAAUUUCUGUAGUGGAUAUUAAAACAGGGGCAGAGCUGACUGCUUAUGAAGCUUUCCAGAGAAACCUCAUUGAGAAAAAUACAUAUCUUGAGCUUUCAGGGCAGCAGUAUCAGUGGAAGGAAGCUAUGUUUUUUGAAUCCUAUGGGCAUCCUUCUCGGAUGCUGAUUGAUACUAAAACAGGGUUGCAGUUCAAUAUUAAUGAGGCUAUAGAGCAGGGAACAGUUGACAAAGGCAUGCUCCAAAAGUAUCAGGAAGGCCUCAGCACACUGACAGAACUUGCUGAUUCUUUGCUGAGCCGGUUAGUUCCCAAAAAGGAUUUGCACAGUCCUAUUGCAGGGUAUUGGCUGACCUCUAGUGGGGAAAGGAUCUCUUUACUGAAGGCCUCCCGGCGAAAUUUGGUUGAUAGGAUUACCGCCCUCAGAUGUCUGGAAGCCCAAGUCAGUACUGGAGGGAUAAUUGAUCCUUUGACUGGCAGAAAGUACCGGGUGGCUGAAGCUUUGCAUAGGGGCCUUGUUGAUGAAGGGUUUGCCCAGCAGCUGAGACAGUGUGAAUUAGUAAUCACAGGGAUUGGCCACCCAGUUACCACCAAAAUGAUGUCCGUGGUGGAAGCUGUGAAUGCAAACAUCAUUAGCAAGGAGAUGGGCAUGCGCUGUCUGGAAUUUCAGUACUUGACAGGGGGCCUGAUCGAGCCCCAGGUUCACUCUCGAUUGUCCAUAGAGGAGGCUCUCCAAGUAGGUAUUAUAGAUGUCCUCAUUGCUACACAACUGAAAGAUCAAAAGUCGCAUGUCAGAAAUAUAAUAUGUCCCCGGACAAAAAGAAAGUUGACGUACAAAGAAGCCUUAGAAAAAGCUGAUUUUGAUUUCCACACAGGACUUAAACUGUUAGAGGUAUCUGAACCCUUGAUGACGGGAAUUUCUAGCCUAUACUAUUCAUCCUAAUAGGACACAUGGAGAUACCUUUGUGCAAGGGGUGACACCGGCUGGUUCAUGCCAUCUGUGUAGAGCAGAUGGUAUCCACUAAAUAUGCAGGAAUUGUGUCACCAACUCAAACCACUAUUUCUUGAGGGCAGGAAAUGGCUGAAUACUCAGAGGAGAUAAUAAUUUUUGAAUGAUACAUAACAAAAAUUUACUGCCCUUCAAACUGCUUCACUAAGCUUUUGGAAUGGUUUUUUUAAAAUCUUGCCCACACUUCCAAUAACUUAUAGCACCCCUUCACUGAGUGGAGGCCGCCUGGUGUUAGCGUUGCAUUUGUUAAAAGCUAUGUCACAGUCCCUGAAAGAGCACUUCACCAAGCACCGUGGAAUCAAAAAGAAAGAUGUGAAUGUGCUCCCACACCCAUGAGGCUGCAGGAUUUUAGAUUGCUUCAAAAAAAUGUUGAGUGUCCCUGUAUACAGUGACCUUCUUUACAUAUUAAAAUGUUUGUCACAGUUUCUUAUUUCUCGUUAAGACUUUGGACACAAAAGCUACCGUUACGGAUGUAUUAUGUGUUUUAAGAGGGGAGAGGGUUUUUCUUUAUGUAUUUUAUCCUAUGUAUUUUUCAUACUGGGGUGUGUGUGUAUGUGUGUGUGUGUGUAGACAUACUCUACCCUUUCAGCAUCCUGUUGUCUGAUACUUGUCUGUCAAGACCAUUAUGAUUGUAAUGCUAAUGCAAAGGCAGCAAUUCAAAGAUCUUCUAGUGCCUCAUGAAUAAAGUUGAGUUUUUUUAUUUUUCAUAUUGAUGGAACAGCUGGGAGGUUAGACCAGCCAUUAAAGAACGUUUAUCACAGCUUUCUUUGCUAUUGUAAACAUUUUGUAAGAACAAAUGCUCUAUGACAUGGUAAAUAUGGUUAAGUGAAUGAAUAAAAUAUCUUAGUAACCUCUGUGUGAUGAAGAUGCUUCUACAUUCCUGUUUUCUCUGGAGAGGUCAGUGUAGCAGCUCAGUCAUUUA